AUGGCGAGUUACAUUACAGCCACCAAGGAAUGUAUAUUAAGGGUGGAAGAUUAUAUGGGGAAAAUGGAACCAAAAAUUAAAGUUCGGUUUGGUUUCUGUGGAUACCGCGAUCACUGUGAUUCCGACCGCCUUCAAAUUUUAGAUUUCACCGAGUCACGCCGUGAAUUCGAAGAAUACGUACAAAAUAAUGUUUCAGCCACUGGGGGUGGAGACACUCCGGAAGACGUUCUGGGCGGUCUCAAUGCCGCCAUAACUCAAAUGACCUGGCGAAAUAACAUCCGUGUUCUUUUGCACAUCUGUGAUGCCCCGCCUCACGGUCGCCGCUUCACUGACGUUAGUGACGACUACCCAGAAGGUGAUCCGAAUGGUCUAACUGCUGAAAUAGUAUUGAGAAACAUGAGAUCAAAAGGGAUAUCCUACUUUUUCGGGAAAAUUACAAGUUAUACUAACAAAAUGGUUGAGAUAUUCCGAAGCAUACUCGGAGAUUUUGAUGUGUUUGAUUUUAGUGAAGGAAAAGAGAAACCAGAAGAGUUAACAUUUAAAUUUUUUGAAGCCACGUGUUCAGCUAUCACUACUGCGAUAUCUUUGGCAUAA